AAACUGGGUUUCCUGUCCUCCUUAUUUUGGUUAAAUACUGAUAUACUUGUUUAUUUUUUCUUUACGGAAAGCCUUCAGACAAGCUCAGCAUACUUUUAAUCUCAGAAACGGACAAAAGUGCGUUAUAUGAAGAUUCCAAGAGUUUCAUUGCAAGAGUUUUUUUUUUUAUUCAGUGCGCUGAUUUUGCAAGCUAGCUGACUAAGCUGUUACUUGAGCCGUUAGCCUGAUGGUCAAGCCUGCUAGCCUUAUAGUCAUGUGUUAAUCGAUUUUACUGUAAAAAGAAAAUACUGAACUCACUUUCGCCUGUAAAAGUUUGUCUAUUUUUUAUCAAUUAUUUUCUUGAACAUCUUGGCACAAUCGAUUAUCGAAACAUUAAGGUUACUGCAAGCAUAGCCAGCUAGCUUGUUAAGUCGUUACAGAGCUAAUAGGGAGUUUGCUGCAUUUUAUUGCUUCUCAUUACCACAUACCCUUUCUUUUAAUUCACAUUUUGCUCUAACUCGUAGUCUUUUGUUUUUAGAAUUGAUAUGCUGGCACCACCAAUCCCUACCAUCAUGCCGGCUCUUCUGGAGAGGCCCAAACUGUCUAAUGCCAUGGCACGUGCCUUACACAAGCACAUCAUGAGAGAGAGGGAGCGCAAGAGGCAAGAGGAGGAAGAGGUUGACAAAAUGAUGGAACAGAAGUUAAAAGAAGAGGAGGAGAGGAAAAGGAAGAAGGAGAUGGAGGAGAGGAUGUCCUUAGAGGAGACUAAAGAGCAAAUUAUGAAGAUGGGAGUGAAGCUGCAGGGCCUUCAAGAGGAGAAGCACCAGCUUUUCUUACAACUGAAAAAAGUUCUACAUGAAGAGGAGAAAAGACGUCGGAAAGAACAGAGUGACAUGACAACCCUGACUUCAGCCACAUACCAGGCAAACAUGCCUAUCCACCCUAGCCAGCACAUUCUUAGCAUGCAAGCGGGUCAGGUGAGUCAUGGCCGUCCAGCUGUUCUGCUUGGGGAACGCAGUAAACAGCUCUUUCAGUCUCCGGUCAUUCCUGCACGUCAUUUCCAGUCUCAGCCAGGAUUUAGUGCAGGUGGAUCAGAGCACGGCCAAUAUUCGGGAGCGCAGCCAGGUCACAGCCCGUAUGGAGUCACCCAGACGCAGCAUACAUCACCUUUUGCCUCCAGUCAGCCUGUGUCAGCCAACUAUGCCAGUAGUUCACAACUAAGAGGUGCAUCAGCAUUCCAGACCAUGCAGUACCUGCCCCAUCAGCAGCAAGGCUAUGCAGUUCACAGUCACUUCACCUCUCAGCCAGGCUACAUCCCUAGCGCUGGGAUUCCCCUUCAGAAACAGCUGGAACAUGCUAACCAGCAGUCCGGCUUCACAGACUCUAGUCCCCUGAGGCCCAUGCACCCACAGGCUCUUCAUGUCAGCGCUGCGAGUUUGCUGUCCACUCCUCCUAUUGCUGUGCAGAUUCCUCCUGGCAAGUCUGGCAUAUCUUAUACACAUUCGCAAAGGCCAGCGUCUCCAGGUGCAUUUUCCCAUGGAACGCCCUCACAGCAAGCACAUGCAGCUACGUUUCAAAGCUCCUCUCAAGCAACCCCUCGCCACGCCUACCUCUCUCACAGCCAAUCAGGGCAGAGGUUUUACCACCAUGGCAAAUAGCCAUUCGUUUCAGUUCAAUGCAGAAUGUUGAGGUAGAAGGAAAGAUUCGCAGGCUUUUGGAUUAAAGCUACACAGCCCACAACGCUUGGCAUCGUGUUACAACAUAAAACAGAUGACUAUUACUUUCACGUCCCAAUCGUUUUUCUCUUUCUUAGAUCUGCCUUUGUAACAGGGUUUAUUUUAACAUUACAGUGAGAUGUGUCUGAGUGUUUCUUUUAUUCAUUUGACAACAGCUGUGCCAACAGUAGUCGUAUUAAAUACUACCACAACAUAAGUUAAA